AUGCCACUUUCAAUUAUAAUCACUGUACUUCAAAAUAAGAAGAUAAGUGUACCCUUUAAGAAGGAGUACACAGUGUCAGAGUUGACAAAGGAGAUUGUUAGACGUGCUAAUAUACCAUCGGAUGAUGUUUAUAUUCUGGAGCAUAAUGAUUCUGAACUAUAUGCUCAAGACACUCUGGAGGAUCUAGGCCUCAAUGACAAUGAGCAGUUGGUCAUCAAGUUGGCUGUCCCUCCAAAGACCAUUGUCGGUGAGCCUGACUCCACCACCACCACCACCACACCAACAACAUCAACAUCUACAUCAACAUCAACAACAUCACCAGUUGGAGCUGACUUGGUUGGACCCACCAGCGCCAUGACCAUCUCAAAGUCUGUGUUGAUUGAGGAGAUCAGACAGAUUGACAUCAUUGUGUUGGAUCUGAGUGGAUCAAUGAAGGCCUCUGCAUUCAAGGGAUCGGCCAGACCUGGUGAACUAGAGAUGACAAGGAUAGAGAUGGCACAGGCUCUGUUCCAGACAUUCACCGACAAGUUUGUCCAACAAGAGGUGCCUGCCUGUGUUGGACUCGUAUGCUUUGGUGAGCGCAUCGAAUUGACCUUUGCGCCAACACGCAACUUUGAUACAUUCUCAACAGAGCUGGGUGCAGUUGUGGCCAAUCAAUCAAAGACCAGACUAUACGAGGCGAUCAAGAUGGCUGGCGAGACCAUUGUCUCAUUCAUCGCCAUGCCCGAGGAGAAGCGUGGCGUGAAGCUGGCACCACCACAUCUACUCAACUGCCGUGUGUUUGCUCUGACUGAUGGCCAGGACAACAGCAACGUGGAGCCAUUCGGCGUGUAUCAAUAUCUUAAGGAGCACAACAUCGUCCUGGACGCCAUCCCCAUUGGUGAGGGCGCUGACAAGCUCGGCUCAUUCACCAAGGCAACUGGAGGAACGUGUUUUGUCGCCAACUCAUCAGUGGAGGGUGUUGGAUUGUUUGAGCGAGAGGCCCUGCUCAACUUGGCCGCUCGUGACAACUUCAAGCCAUUCUCAUUGGCCAUUGAUAGUCGGCAGGCAUUCGAAUCGCUCGCGGCAGAAUUCGUGACGACUAUCGAGCGCAAGGUGGAGGUCACCGCGGGCAAGUAUGUGAGCCAGAUCAGCAGCGCAGCCGUUUCCUCAUCCACAACUUCGUCGGGCUCAUCCAAGCGCAUCCUUAAGGAGUACAACGCUUUCAAGCAAGAGAUUGACAGCUCGACCAACCCAGUCUUCCACAUCUUUGUCAGCGACAGCAACAUCAGCUCGUGGAGGAUACUGAUGAAGGGUCCACAGGGCACGGCAUACGAGCAGGGCUACUUCCUGGUGUCUGCGGUGUUCCCCGACGACUACCCAUUCAAGCCACCCAAGGUCCGUUUCGAGACCAAGGUAUACCAUUGCAACAUCAGCAGUGAUGGAGCUGUCUGUCUGGACAUACUCAAGGACCAGUGGUCACCAGCACUGUCCAUCCACAAGGUGAUGCUGUCACUGUCAUCGCUGCUCACCAGUCCCAAUCCACACGAUCCACUCGAUGUCGUCAAGGCUGGUGUCUACCGAGACAACCCCAACGAGUACUGGAACCAAGCCCGUUCCUGGACCACAAUCUAUGCAUCUUCUCCACCUGCAACUUAUUCCUAA